AUGAAGGUGGAGAAGCGGCACGGCGGCUUUACUGUGCUGUGCAUUAUGUGCGCCGGGGUCAUGGCGUGCUUGCCGUCCGGAGCGGCGGCGGAUUCGACGAAACCUGUCUCGCAGUGGCAUCCGAGUUCCGGGCGGCACGACGGCGUCAGCAGCAAGGGCUCUUCACUUGGCACCAUCCCGGCGCACCACCACGCCGGCCUCCCACCGCUCUCCGCUCCACAGCCCACCGCCGGGGCCGACUUGCCGCCGAGCCGCGCCCCCGAGCAGGCCGCCCCGCACUUCGGCUUCGUGGCGCCCACGGUGGGGCCGAGCGGCGGCGAGGGGUACCCGUUCAUCGGCAGCAACCCGACGGUGCCGCUGCCCACUGGCAUGACGGACACCGCCACCAUGCUCCCGCUCCCCGACACAGGGGACGGCACCGGCAGCAAGGUGGUGGGGUUCGCAGCGUCCGUUCGUGUUCAGAUCGCCAUGAUUGGGAUUGUGGUUUUCUUCGCCAUCUUCUUCUUGUGGACGAGCUAAUUGUUGUUAUUCCUUACCUAAACUACUGUGAGCUGGUGACAUAAUUCGAGAGCGUCAUAUUAGCUUUCACCUUCCUGUAAAUUCGAGAGCGUCAUAUUUCACUUUGCCUUUGUUAAUUCCUAGUAUCCCCUGCUAAAAUUUUAUUCAAAUCGUCGCGAAUUUCACUUCUGACGAUGCUACAAAACCACCAAAGGGUUAAAAAAUAAUACGAGGAGCAACCGUCAUCCAAGGAAAUAAACGGAUGGGAUUAAUCACCUGAUAGCUUUAACACCAAAGGCAAACACAGAUCCCGUCGCAAUAACAACUUGGACACGUUUAUGUUAAUAACAUAGAAUCACAAAUGCCGAGUCGUUUACUAAUAAGUUAGCAUAACUUCGUUUAACACUUGACAAGAACGUGAUGCUUAUGCCAUUCGUCAGGGAUAACAGCAAAGAAAAUGGCAACAUAUAUCGUUUCGCACCACUAAAACUCAAUUAUACUGCCUUUGGAUGCCAAACUUCCUUACAGGAUU